AUCUGACGCGCCUGCAGAGGGAGAUGCCUGCUGUCCAAUGAGAUUGCAGGUUAUUCUGGUCCGGACCAAUCUUCUGCCGCGGUGGAUGGGCCGUCAUUGGAGAUGCAUUUGGUGGUGGUGAUGAUGAGGGGGGCAUGUGGAGCCAAGAAGAGUUGUUGGGGGCACAGGAGUUGCUCGCUGAGUCCAAAGUUGGGCAGUCUCAUGGUAAACAUGAUCCCCGUGUCUUGCAUCCUGGCGCUCGGGUUGUUCUCCUCUGCGCUGGGCUCAGAUCUCCACCGAGGAGGGAACAUGUCAGGUCUGAGGAGGCUGCACAGGGAUGAGGAGCCACAAAGUUUGGAGGAGUCGGAGGUGUCGAAGCGCAGCGCAGGACUGAAUGAACAGACGUGCGCAAGUCUGCAUGGAGUGGAGACAACCCUGCAGAACAACACCCAUUCUUUCGUCUUCAAAGUGAGGACUAUGGGUUCACUGUCACUGGCCUGGGUGGGAGAUGGAUCAGGGGUGCUGCUGGUCUUGACGACAUUUCAGGUGCCGCCGUUCCUGAUGCGCUUCGGCCAGUCUAACCUGUACAGGAGUGAAGACUAUGGGAAGACGUUCAAAGAUGUGACUCACCUGAUCAACCACACCUUCAUCCAGACCGAGUUCGGCAUCGCCAUCAGCCCUGACCACUCUGGCAAGGUGAUGCUCACAGGUGACGUGUCAGAAGUCGAUGGCUACAGACUGUUUCGCUCACAGGACUUUGGCAUGACCUUCGUUCCCACUGACCUGCCGUUCGAUCCGCUCAUUCAGAUGCUGUACAACCCUGGAGACAGCAACACACUUGUGACGCUCAGUAUCAAGUUGGACCUGUGGCUGUCUGAAGACUUUGGCGCCACCUGGAGGAAGAUCCAUGACAGUGUUUGUUUGGUCCGAUGGGGUCCAAAGAACAGCAUCUACUUCACAACAAACUACAAUGGAUCAUGCAAUGACAGAGGAAUGUUGGAGUUAAGGAAGACAACAGACUAUGGUCGAAGUUUCCAGACCAUUGCAACAAGAGUUUACUCCUUUGUGCUUGGAGGGCGCUUUGUCUUCGCUUCUAUCAUGACGGGCACGGGUACAGAGCGCAUGAUCCAUGUGUCGGUAGACGGAGGUGAGGUGUGGAACAUGGCUCAGCUUCCCACAGUCAACCACGAGCAGUUCUACUCCAUCCUGUCAGCCAAUCAGGACAUGAUAUUCAUGCAUGUGGAUGACCCCGGAGACUCCGGUGUUGGAACCAUCUACGUGUCAGACGACAGAGGAGCCGUGUUCUCCAAGUCUCUGGAGCGCCACCUUUACACGACUACAGGAAGUGACACUGACUUCACCGUCAUUUCUUCACUCAGAGGCGUCUACAUGACCAGCGUACUCACAGAGGAUGGUGCGGUGGAGACGGUGAUCACUUUUGACCAAGGAGCCAGAUGGCAGACGCUGCGCAGACCUCAGAACGGUCACUGUGACGCUGAGACCUCUACGAACAGGCCUAACAGAUGCAGGCUUCACAUCCACGCCGCUUAUAGCACCACCAUGAAGAUGAACGUCCCCAUGCUGCCUCUCUCACAGUCCAACGCCGUAGGCCUCAUUCUGGCCCAUGGCAGCGUCGGGGACGCAGAGUCCGCUCUCUCCCCUGACGUGUAUGUGUCUGACGACGGCGGAUACUCAUGGCUGUUCGCUCUCAAGGGGCCUCAUCAUUAUGCUAUACUGGACUCUGGAGGGCUGCUGGUGGCUAUGGAGCACACCCAUUCAACUGUCAACCAGAUUAAGUUUUCCACGGACGAGGGGCAGUGCUGGCAUACGUAUAACUUCACCAACGACCCGCUUCACUUCAGCGGCAUGGACAGCGAGCCCGGCUCUCGCUCCAUGAACAUCAGCCUGUGGGGCUACAGGAACGAUUUCAGCAAAUGGGUGGUGAUCACCAUAGACUUCAGGAAGCUCCUCACCAGAGACUGUACUGAGGGGGACUAUAUACAGUGGCUGGCUCACUCUGCAGACCCCACUGGAUCUAAUGAUGGCUGCGUGCUGGGCUACAAAGAGACCUUCUUACGCCUGAGGAAAGACACCGUCUGCUGGAACGGGAGGGACUAUGCUGUCACUAAGAAGCUGUCCCCCUGUCCGUGUACGGUGGAUGAUUAUCACUGUGACUUUGGAUAUUACCGUCCAGAGAACAGCUCAGAGUGUGUGGAGCAGGAGGAGAUGAAGAGCCGUCCUCUGGAGUUCUGUUUAAAUGGGACCACCGAACAGCUACAGACCAGCGGCUACCGGAAGAUUCCAGGCGACCAGUGUGAGGGAGGUUUCCAGCCAGACAGGAAGGAGACAGACCUGAGGAGGAUGUGCACCAGUAACGCCCUUCAUCCAAAUUCUCUGACUGAAAGCAGCUCACCGAACACUGCUGUCAUAGUGAUGGUUGUCAUAGCAAUCCUUCUGAUAAGCGCGGUCACAGGCGUUUGGCUGGUUAAGAAGUAUGUCUGCGGAGGACGGUUCCUUGUGCACCGAUACUCUGUUAUGAGAGAACACGUUGAGGCUAAUAAAAUAGAAGGAGUCGAUGAUGUUGACACUCACUACAUGGAGACAGGAAAAACACAGUACAACGAAGACUCAGAUCAGGACCUCUUAGAAUAAGGUGGACGUCCCUCCUCCCUCCCCAACUCUUCAAGACAAAAUUUAACACAGUCUUUCAUGAUGCCUGGCCACUCCUGUUGUGUCGCCUACAAAAAAAAAAAGAAAAAAGAAGAUGAGCCGGUGGUUUUAGGGAGGGGGAUAAAAACCCAGUGCCGAACAGAAAAAAAGCCUCCCGAUCCCUGGAGAGCUUUUGUUGUUUCUGUCACAGAGAGUUCUGUGAAGACAAUUUUGAGUCUGUUGUGCUGUGUAUGUGUCCUUCCAGGCCGACCUGAGAAAAGAUUCAUAACGUGAUGCACUGCAGAAGUCACCACACGGAGUUUACGAGUUGGAUAUAUAGAAAAUGUUAUAUAGAGGUAUGGUAAAGCCAAGCAGCAGAACACACGAAGUAAUAAUCAGUAUUUUAGCUCAGCGAUUAUGUUUGUUGUCAAUUAAGUAAUUUUUGUACUCAGUAAAUUUAACACGGCGGCCUCUUUAACGUUCAUUUUAUCAGUUUCAGCAGUCACUAAAAUUAGACACAAAUUGUCACAAGUUCAAGUUUCCAUUUUAACAGCAACUACUGAGAGCAGUACUGUCUUCUUUAAAGCUACUAGUCACUAUUUUUUUAUUAUGGUGUUUCUGUUUUUACUAAACUCACUUUGUGGUUUUACAGGUAAAAAAAAAAAGAUCAGGUGAUGCACUUAAGAAACUUUAGAUAUGAAACUUUCAGUAAACUAUAAUGGCUUUUGUUAUAUAACAGCAAUAAUUAUUUAAUAGAGACUGUUUGUUUUUUUACUUAAUGCCACUUUUACCUUUUUAAAAAUAGUUACAAAUUAAAAAUACAUUUUGAAAAACAUUUUGUUUUUACCGUUUGUUAUUAUUAAAUAUUUUUAAAUUGAUAGAUGAGUCAGACAUAAAUGUAAUAGUGACAUAAAGAUGAGCACAAAGACGGUUUCUAUUAAAAAUACAUGCGUUAUUAGUAAAAGCCAGAUGCCAAAGCCAGAUGAACUUGUAACAGCUACCAGAUAUAUUAAAUAACAAGAAGAACAAUAAAGAAACAAAUGUCUUGAAUUUUUUAGUGCAUCAUGAAACUGUUGGAAUAAAUGUUAAAAGGGUCUACCGUUGUUGUUAAGACAUAAAAUGUAUUUUUUUUUUUUUUUAUACAGUGCAGCUUCAUACAACCAAUCUCUUCUGCUCCCCUGUAUGUGUGGUGAAAAUGAAAGACUUGAAUAAUUGCCAAAGCACUUUUUAUUGUUUAGUUUUCUAAUUUUAGAGGUGAGGUUUCAGAGGUGAGACCUAACCUUAAGCCCAGUAUGAAGGUAAUGUUAACCCAAACCCUUUACUUGAACGUUCUGAUAUUCUUUGUUCCAUGGGAUGCACCAAUAUGUUGCUGUUGUGUUUGUUUUGUUUUUUGUUGUUGUUGUUUUUUUUUAUUUUUGUCAGCCAAUACCGAUAUGCAUGUGUCUAAUCAUCUCAAUGCAAGUGCAGGCAUAAUCAUCAACAUAAUGUGGCUAGAGAAAAAUAGUCACAAUAGUCAUAUUUAGCUGUUUAUACAGCUAAAUAUGAGCAAAGAAGAAGCUACUAUAAGCCAGUAUUGAUAGUCUUCUGAUGUAUUGGUGCAUCCUAACUUAAUAACUUCACAGGUGUUGCAAAAUAUCCACAUUAACAGGACUAAUUUAUCAGAUUCAUUUGUCUGAUAAACAGUGCAAACUUUUAUUAAAUUAAUUGAGCUAUAUCUUUUUCCCAGCAGACACUCUGUGUUACAUGAAUUGUUUAGACGGGAUGUCGGCUGGCUACCAUUUCCAUUAUCUGCGAUGUAAGAGCUGUAACAUUUGACACACGCGUUGGCUUAAGGCCAAUGCUUGUUUUUCUUCAGUAGAGUCAAUAAUUUUCCCAGCGAAUAAGCUAUUGUAAUAAGCUGGCCUAAUAUAGAGGCAUAUUCUCAAGGACUGUUGGGUGGACAUAUGUCGGAUAGGAAAGCAACUUUAUAUGCUUGAUUCUUCUUUAUUUACACAACUGUCAGUAAGAACAAACCCAGACAUUGCACUGUAUCUACAGAUCUGUGAAGAAGUUGCAUUUGUGCCUCUGUGUUUGUAAAGUUAGGGCCACAAGUUGUGAUCUUCAUUCCAACUUAUUUUCUUUUACCUUUUUGCUAGAAUGUCAGGGAUGAGUAUCUCUGAAUGAAACUAUUAUGUAGCACAGAUGUUUUAUAACAAUGUUUGCAUUUAUUGAAUGAAAUAACACUUUCUCGUUUACAUCA